AUGACCGAUCAGAGCCCCGCUGAAACACUUGAACAUCUCCGACAAUUGGAGGAAGAGAAUGGCGACCUGAAGACUCGCCUUGCCAUCAUACGCAUAAGCGAACCUAUCUCUUCUUCAGAUGCCGAAAAAUCCAAUCCAUCGCCGUCCAAGCGUACCUCUGACGUUUCGGCCAUCGAUAACCCCACACCUGCUUCCCUGGAAGCAGAUUUGACACACUACAAGGAACUCUUUUCCAAAUUGCGCUUUUCCUAUGUUGAGCAAGUAACAAAAGAAAAGUUCCUACGAGCAAUCGUGGGCGACCCUCCCCUGGUCGUCGGACACAAUGAAAAUGUGGAGUUGGAAGCGCAGUUAGCAGAGGUGAAAUCUGAGCUCAAGUCGCGCAAGGAAGAAGUCAGGAUCAUGAUUGAAGAUAUGGAGAAGAUGGGUCGGGAUCUGGCGAGUCGAUACAGAAAAGUGCAACUACAGAUGACACAACUUUCAACACUCCCCGAAUCAAUAGAGAACCUUGAAUCCACGAUUGCUGGACUACGUGCGAAACAGGUCGCCACGAUGGGCGCGUCGUCUUCCCAGAACCUUCCACUGCCAGCGACGCUGUCUCUAUUGGCCGAGCGUGAGGCGGAACUUGCAGCAUUAAAUCGGCAACUUGCCGCAGUACAGAAUGCUCUGCCACGCAAGACAAGAGAAGCCGAAGCAUUGGAAAGAGAAUUGAGUGUACUAGAAAGACGCAGGAGCGAAGCAACCGCACAAGCACGGGAGGCACAGAGAAUGAAACAGGAAGGCAAGAGCGACGGCCUCGAAGAGUUGGGCAGGUGGUACAGGAGCGCAGAGGAAACACUGAAAAGUUUGGUGGGUGUUGAGGGAUGA